AUGCCGAAGAGAACUAAGGGGGAAAAACUUAAAUAUUACAAAGAGAAAAUUAGAAAGCUAAACGAAAUAAAUAAUCGAAGGAGUAUACGUCGUAGAAUUAUACAGUCUGAGUCAUCAGAUGAAAAUUCAGAUGUCGAAACGCAAUCGCAAUAUAAACAAAACGAGGGUAGUUUACCACGCGCUGUAUUAAUACACGACGAGAUAAUGGAACGUGAUGUUAGGAUGGAAGCUGUAGAUACUCCCCAGGUUGAAAUGGGGACUCCAGAGGUUGCAUCGCAUCCAGAACUAACGUUUGAAUACUUGCAAGCUCUCGGGGACGCCGUCGAUGAGGUGCCGCAAUAUGGAGAGGAAAUCCAUAGUAACUUAGCGCAAAGGCCCUCCCCGGUUCCCGUCGAGCAGGGGGGGGGGGCGUACAGCACCGCGGGCGGCGACGAUGACGUCAGCGACGCGACGGGCAUUGGCGGGGAACACACCACAACCGCCGUCGCAAGCGCGCUUCAGCCAUCCAAACAGGCAACGUGCCUUUCCGACGCAUCGACGUUAACACAGGUAGAAAUGUAUGAUGAUGAACUUUUAUGGAUUACCAAGAGAGCUUUAAAAGAGUCAAGAGGUCGGUUUCAA